GUUCUAUUUUCAGUUAAAGUAACUAUAUAAUUGUUAAAUUUAUUGCUGGUAUUGUGGCAUUAUAUCAUUGGCAUUUUAUGUCGAGAUGUGGCUUCGUCGUCAAGAAUGUAAUAAAGUUUAUGGCAGUUGGUUGUUGACCACAACGGUACGAGGUCCUUAACAACACAGCUUGCAUGUUGUUGCUUCAAGCCACUUACAAAUUGCUUGUUUAAAUUAUUGUUACUGUUUUGUUCGGUGCUUAAUGAUGCAGAAUAAUGAGUCGAGUCACGCGACAACUAACAGAGCGUAAAACCAUAAAGCUCGCUAAUUGUUGGCGCUUAAGUCUUUAGUAUAAUUACACGUGUUGACGCUGAAAACACGAGAAAACGAGCAAGGCUGAACUGGAGCGCUGACCCAACACAGUGAAAUUGUGUACGAAGUAAGGGAAUCUUGUGGCUCAAAAGGGAAAACACGACAAUGAAGAUAUAUGUGCAUAUGGCGUAUUUGGUCAUUUUUUGUGUUGUGUGUUGCAGUGAAACUAUAGAAAUUUUCACGUUGCUCGGCGCUGGAAGAGCAUCAUGGUGUAAAAACGUAACUGAAUUAACAGAGUAUAGCGAUAUAUUUUCAUCUCCUUUACACGCCGAAUUCUAUCCAACAGACACAACAUGUGUCUGGAAGAUUACAGCACCACCAAGCCAUUUCAUCAAGUUAUCAUUCACGAAGUUUCAUCUUGAGAACUGUAAAAACUGUGACUGUGAUUACGUCACAGUUUACGAUGUCACGCAACACAAUGACAACGUGACACUAGGGAAAUUCUGUGGGAAGAACAAGCCGAGAUCAUUGUAUUCAAGUGGAAAACAACUUAUUGUUGUUUUUAAGUCUGAUCAUGGGGAUAGUGGGAGUGGAUUUUUAGCUGCUUAUACAUCUGUUCAAAAAGGACAUGUUUGUCAAGAAGAGCCCAAUGUUUUAACAAAAGGCGGAGUCAUCGUCAGUCCAGAUUACUCAUCUACCUACCCAUCAAACACUAAAUGUACCUGGCUUAUCAAAGCCGAACCAGGAUCGAGAAUUAAACUCAACUUUAUAUCUUUUCGAGUCGAGAACUGCUCUGCAGCGCCAGGGCGUUGUCAGUGCGACUUUGUCGAAGUGCGUGAUGGGAAUUCUAGUAGCUCGAAUCUAAUUGGUCGAUUCUGUGGCAGUAAUACUCCACCUAAGUUGUACUCAAGUGGGGGGUAUUUAUUGGUGAUGUUUAAAUCAGAUGGUCAAAUCAAUAAAAGAGGAUUCGUGGCUGAGUUUUCUACGGAAAAGCAAGGGAAAAACUCGUGUCCAGCAGAUUGGCGGUAUCCAUUUCAAUGCCCACAAGAUUACUGGAGCAGAGUAAAGAAUAUAACACAAGUAUGUUGCUAUGACAACCAAGCAAAUUGCUGUAAACCCGGUGGGAGCCAUUGCGCAGACUCGGGAGCAUCACAGAGAUCCUACUGUCCAAGACCGAGAGAUAAUGCGAAGCUGACACGAUGUUGUAUGGAGAAAGAAAAGCCUUCGUGCUGUUUAGGUGGAGCUAGUGUUUUACAAAUUAAUAGAUUUGAACUGGUAUCUGCGGUAUUUAUCAGCUUAAUAUUAAUAUUAGUUAUUAGAUGAUAUUACAUAUUUAUUAUUAAUUUUAUUAUAAUUAUAAACAUGAUGGACAGUUUUUAGAAAGGGCGUGGCAAGUGGGACUGGGAACACAGGGAACCCAAAAUUGAUUUUGUCUUCAUGACAGAAUUUGUUGUUUAAGCCACAGGGAGCCCAAUUUAGUUGAAAGUGAAUGGUGAAAAUAAAAUGGGAAGAAAUAAAUAAUUAGGAGUAUAUAUACAUAAGAGCGACAUUAGAUACCAUAGGCAAAUUAUAUAGUAAAAUAAGAGAUAACUAGCUAAAAACUAGUGUGAGCUGCGUCGGUGUUUUUAAUGAAACAGUAAUGAUAAAAAGGUAAAUUAUAC